AUGGAUCGUCCACAAGGAAAAUCAACUACUUCAAUUAAUCUACUCCAUAUCUUGUGCCUUAUAAUUAUAUUUUUAACCCUCAAACAAAUUAAUUUGGAUGCCGUCAAUUCAGCUGUUUUGGAAUUAUUAUCCAUUUUUUCACUUACUGCCAAAUCCUUCACAAUCCUCUUAUGCCCUUUAUUGUUCCUGAUUUACUCAUUUUAUGAGUUAUACUGGAAAAGACGCUUUCUGCCGCCAGGUCCCGUCCCCUGGCUGGUUGCUGGAAAUAUGCCUCAGGGUGGGGGAUUUUUUGAAAAAUUCAAGUACGAAUUUUUAGUUCUUAUACACGGUGCGUCUAACAUUGAUUUAUUAUUACAAAAAUGGAACAAAUAUUACGGUGGAAUUUUUACUUUUUGGAUGGGACCUAUUCCUGUAGGUGUUUCGUAUUAUUCUAUCCAGCCUUUUUCCUAG